UUUGACGCAGUCGUUUGGAAGCUGUGCACGUGCUUAUAUUUUGGUGACAAUAAGAACUGAGGACAAAAUGGCGACUAACAUUACGUUUCAAGAUGGCGACUUCAAACACCCGUAUUUACUUGCAUUAAUGCGUUGGUGCGUCUCAUCCUUUUGGACGACGGCGACAGUCAUCUUACACAGAAUCAUCACAACGCCCAUCCCACAGAUUAAAGCCCCAAAACCCGUCAAAACCCGACCAGCCAGCUCCGACCACUUACAUCCUGAGCCAAAAGUUGACUGCGUCGUUUUACACUCGCCGGCCGAACCUACCAUCGAUGUCAUAUUUGUCCAUGGACUCUAUGGAUCAUUAGGCAACACUUGGCGACAAGGCGAAUGGACCUCAAAGUACAACAAGCUACCAACGAAAGUAGCUCUACGGCGACCGCACUCCGUACCAACUUGCAAAUGCGCGACCGACCAAUCGAAUUGCUUAGAAAACGCUCCAGAACUUAGUAAAACUGAAAAUAAUGAUUUAAAAAUAUAUGAAAAUAUAAAAAAAGUUUUACCAGAAGACAAUUACUUUACAGAGGAAAAUUUUUACAGUAAUAUUCAAAAUGUUGAUAUGAGUAGUUACCAAACUCAGGCCCAGUUCGUCAAAGAUAUGUUUGAUAAUAACGCGAGAGAAGCGAAGUCGGGUGACUGUAGGUGUAUCGGUGACGAGUGCAAAGGUUGCGGGUGUGUUUGUGACGAGUGCUACUCACCGUGUUGGCCGAGGGAUUGGAUCAAGGUGGAUCAUCCCGGCGCCAGGGUUAUAUCGAUUAAUUAUACAAGUGAUCCGUAUCUUUGGAGACCACUUUGGAUCAGGGAGAUCAAAAGGUUACGACUCUACGAUCGCGCUGACCAGAUGAUAUCACAGCUUUUAGCGCUUGGGGUUGGAGAGAGACCCAUCAUAUGGGUCGGUCAUUCCAAGGGUGGUUUGUUUAUAAAACAAAUAUACUGUGAGGCUCACGAAGCGCAUCUGAAAUUAACGAAACCUGAUCGAAAUACAAUAGAAAAAACCCAGAACUCGAACGAAUGCAAGAACGACAAUCUAAUUAACCAUACGAUAGACAGACAAACAAACGGACAGGGAAACGACUGUGAUAAUAUCUGUGAUACAGAUAUAAUGAAUAACUGUAAUAAUAAUAAUGCUUUAAAUAGUGAUAAUUCAAAUAAUAAUCGUGUUAUUAAUAAUAAUAGUGAAAUAAGUGAAACUGAAGUUGGUGGUGAUGGAAAUUCGGAUGGAAAUGAAGACCAGCUCGUCAAACGAGCUCGUCUCUACACCAACAGCGCUGGCUUCAUGUUCUACUCGGUCCCUCACAGAGGAUCCCCAUUAGCUGAUAUCAAGACACCCAUCACCGCCAGGAGUGUCGAGCUGAUGGAGAUAUGCAAGGACUGCUCGCUGGUCCUGUCGCUGCAGGAGCGCUGGCUGCGGGCGGCGGAAGGCGCGCGGCCCGCCGUGCGCAGCCUGGUGGAGAGCUGCCGGACGCUCAUGUCCGUGCUCUACCUGAGGAUCGUCAGCGUGGACUCCGCUGACCCCGGUAUAGGAUCGCUCUACGGAGUGUCAGUAGACCACCGAGAAAUCUGCAAGCCUUCCAGCCGAAAAUGUCUGCUCUACCGAGAACUGAUGACAUUAAUGGACGCCGCGCUUAAUAGACAAAACAAAACAGAUAAUAAAAAUUGUUGCCAGUAACAAAAA